AUCCAAGUAUCUCCUCUCAUUUAACGAUGGAAUAGUGAAGAGACUUGAUCUUUCCAAGCGUUUCCAUCGUUUAAUAAAUCUCAAUAUUUUCUUUUUUCUUUUUCUUUUCUCCAAUUAAAUAUUCGUAUAUUGAAAUUGUAUUUUUUAAUAAAUAAAAAAAAAAUGAACGAAUUAGCGAGAUAUUCGUUGAAAGAAGUUGCGACACGAGAUGGAAAAGAAGAAGCGAGAGUGUGGAUUGUUAUUUACGAUAUGGUUUAUGACGUAACGGAUUACAAGGAUAAGCAUCCUGGUGGGACAGAAUUGAUCGAAGAAUAUGCAGGACAAGAUGCAACACGUGGUUUUGAUGAGUUUGGUCACAGUACAGAUGCAAAACGUAUACUAAAGAACUAUCUUGUGGGUGAAUUAGUAGAGGAAGACAAAAUAAAGAAUAGAAGAAAAAAGAAUAGAAUAUCUAUAAAUGGAAUCGAUAUAGAGGAAAAAGGUAGAAGAAGAAGAAGAUUUCUAUCUAUGUUAUGUGGCAAAUGUGCAACGUGACAAAGGAACGAUUUUAACUCGACAAAUUGUAUGUGUAAAUAAUAUAUUAUUUAUUUUAUUUUUAUUUUUUAUUUUAAUAAAUAAUAUAUUAAUUUAAUU